AUCGACUCAAAUCUUUUUUGUCUGGCAGGCCUGUUGUGCAUCACGUGCACCGACAUGGCCGUGUUAGCGGGGAACAGCGGCGAGACGUGCUACAGCAAAUACGGCUCCGUUUCCAUCAAAGCCAAGUACUGCCACGAGCUGGCUCUGCGCAUCAUCCUGCACAGUUUGGACCAGCGGGCCAACGCCUACCAGCGAUACAUUCAGCCGCUGCUGUCCGUCAGCGUGGACUUCUACAUUCGGGUGUUUGUGCGCGUCUUCACGGGUCAAGCCGCCGUCAAAAACUCAGCCAGGUACGGUAUAUCAUGAACGCGAUGCGAUACC